UGAGGAGAUUCCAAAUGGGAUGACUUAAAAAAAAGUGCAGAAUGAAGUGCAUGACCAAGAGUCAGCCAAAAUCCAGACAACAGUCCUAUGACAGUGUGAUAGAUGGAGAUGAGAGCAAACAAAUAUCCACAAAUGUUUUUGAGUGGGCAAUGCAAGGAAACACAGUUGCUCUGGAGAAGCACUGCAGGCAUCUGGACAUACGCGACCACAUCGGUGCCAGCCCACUGCACUAUGCCUCGUCCAAAGGACAUGUUUGCACCAUCAAACUUAUUGUGCAGAUCACUGGACAACAAGAGCUCAAUGUCAGGGAUGAGGAAGGGAAUACACCUCUUCAUUGGGCUGUACAGAGGGACCAGCCACGGAGCUGCUCUAUGCUGCUGACCCUAGGAGCAGAUCCUAACAUCUUCAACAAUAGUCACCAAUCACCACUGCAUCUUGCAGUAAGCCUGGGCAAUAAUGUCUUGGUAGAGCUACUUGUCUCACAUAAACAAACUGAUGUGAACCUGGAAGGGGACUUGGGGAACACCGCUGUUAUUUUAGCUGCUUCUUUGGAUAACUAUGAUGCUCUGGGCAUAUUGUUUAAGCAAGGUGCAAAACUCUGUCGUCAGAACAAGCUUGGGCAUUUUGCCAUUCAUGCUGCCGCUUUUUUUGGAGCUAAGAAAUCCAUGGAGGUAAUUCUUCAGAAAGGGGAAGAAGUUGGUAUGUCCAUUGACACGCAUAUAAACUAUGUAGAUAAGUCUUGCAGUAGUCCACUUCACCUGGCUGUACGUGGAGGAAACCUUGAAGUCAUUAAGCUCUGCAUUGCUUAUGGAGCAAAAAUUGAUCAGCAACAGUGUGAUCGGUCUAAUGCUCUCCAUUUUGCAUGUAGUCAAGGUGCUACUGAAGCUGUCAAAGUAAUGAUGUCAGCUUACCAUAAAGUCUCUGACCUUAUCAACAUCACUGAUGGGGCCAACCAGACACCUCUACACAAAGCAGCGAUAUUUGAUCAUUUUGAACUCUCUGAGUACCUUAUAUCACAGGGUGCUAACAUUGACUUUGUUGACUGCAAAGGCCAUUCUCCACUCCUUCUGGCAACAAGUUGUGGAGCAUGGAGAACUGUCAAUCUACUCCUAUCUCAUGGGGCUGAUCUGAAGAAAAAAGAUAAAUGUGGAUGCAACUUCUUGCAUCUGGCCAUCUUGCAGCCCAGGGGUCUAAAUAACCUACCCACAGAGGUACUGCAGCACAAGAGUGUGAGAGAGCUCCUCAAUGAUGAGGACAUUGAGGGUUGUACUCCCCUUCAUUAUGCCUGUAGACUGGGAAUACCAGAGUCUGUCAAGAACAUGCUGGGAUUAGAGGUCUCGCUCAACCAGAAGUCCAAACAGAAGAAAUCUGCUCUGCAUUUUGCGGCUGAAUAUGGGAGGAUCAACACCUGCCAUAAGCUUUUGGAGAUGAUAACAGACACCAGACUGUUGAAUGAGGGGGAUGAGAAUGGAAUGACCCCGCUGCACCUGGCUUCUCGUGGCGGUCAUGUUAAAGUUGUUGAGCUUCUCCUCCGCAAAGGGGCUUUGUUUCACAGUGACUACAAAGGAUGGUCUUGUCUCCAUCAUGCUGCAUCUGAAGGAUACACACAGACUAUGGAUACUUUGCUGACAUCUAAUAUCAAAUUUCUGGACAAAAUGGAUGGAGAUGGGAACACAGCUUUGCAUCUAGCUGCCAGGGCGGGGCAUGUGGCAGCAGUUAGACUGCUGUUAUACAGAGGGGCCAAGUUAAUUCUCAACAAGGGCGAUGCCUCAUUCUUGCAUGAGGCUGUGCAUAAUGGGAGGAAAGAGGUUGCCAAUGCUGUGAUUGAGAGUGAUAGGUGUGAAGAGGCAAUGACCACAUAUAAACCAAAUUCAGCAAAACGCUACAUUGUAAUGGACAUGAUAGAGUUCCUUCCAGAGUCCUUUAAACAUCUUCUGGACACUUGCAUAACGGAGUCAGAUGAAGAUGUAAACAGCUGCAAUUACUGUAUCGAGUACAAUUUCAGAUGGCUUCAGCAUCCACUGCAAAACCUUAAAAAAGCAACCACAGAAAGAGACAGUAGCUACAAACCUCUCAGUGCACUAAAUGCAAUGGUACAUUUUAAUCGGAUGAGCUUGUUGACCCAUCCAGUCUGCAAGAAAUAUUUGGAGAUGAAAUGGAAUGCCUAUGGCAUCAAGGCACAUUUGCUUAAUAUGACGGUGUAUGCACUGGGGGUGUUUCCCUUAACUCUCCUCAUUGUGAAUCUGAAGCCCACACUGAACAGUGAAAGAAAUGUGACAUCAGUCCAAAUGGUCUGCACAUCCCUGUACAAGCAAUCGUAUUUUAUCACAACAUGCAUAUUCCUGGUUCUUGCUAUGAAUAUGUAUGCAGUUGGCAAAGAGAUUCUGCAAAUAGUUCAACAGAGGAUGAAUUAUUUGCGAGAUUUGUCAAACUACAUGGACUGGGCUGCUGCCAUCUGUGCUCUACUGUUUGUGGUGCCACUGCUACUGAAUCUGAAAAGUACCUGGCACUGGCAGGCUGGAGCACUGGCAGCUCUGGCCUCAUGGAUGAAUCUCCUUCUCUAUCUCCAACGGUUUGAACGGAUUGGUAUUUAUGUGGUCAUGUUUCGAGAGAUCUCACGGACACUGCUGAGCAUCAUUGUGUUGUUCUUCUACUUGAUAUUGGCAUUCGCUUUAUCCUUCUAUGCCUUGAUGAUCGAACAGCGACAUUUUGGAAGGAUGUUCCUUUCACUGAUGCAGACCUUUGUCAUGAUGGUGGGAGAAAUCAACUACCAAGACAAUUUCCUGAAACCCUUUCUACAAGGAAAACUUCCUUUCCCUUUCUUGACAAUGGCAAUGUUUGUUUGGUUUGUCUUACUUGUACCUAUACUUCUCAUGAACCUACUGAUUGGUUUGGCUGUUGGUGACAUAGCAGAGGUCCAGACAAAUGCAUGCUUAAAGCGUAUUGCAAUGCAGAUUGAUCUACACACAAAUCUGGAAGAGAGGCUUCCCUACUGGUUUAUGAAGAGGGUGGACCAGGUCUCCAUUAAAGAAUACCCAAACAGAUGUUUCAGAGGAAAGAAAUGGAGGUUUUUCAUUGGGAAUGAUGUGCGGAGGGUCAGGACCCGUCUCAGCCCCACCACCCACCAGUCAACUCCACUGGAACGGGAGCUAACCAAACAGAAAUACAGGCUGAAGGAGAUGUCAGAGACUAUGGAAAAGCAACACAACCUGCUGAAGCUCAUAGUGCAGAAGAUGGAGAUCAGCUCAGAGGCUGAAGACCAUGACGGCCCCCCAAUCUUUCAGGAGCUGAAGGAGAAACUUCUCACCAGGAGCAAAUGGGGUCCACUGCUCAGGGCAGUUACCGCCAGAAAGAAAUGAGCUUG